AUGGCAACUACAAAACAUACAAAACCGAGAGAAUGUCGAUCUGCACUUGGUAUGGAAGCUGGUAGAAUACCAGAUCAUGCAAUUACAGCCAGCUCAUCAUAUGAAGCAAAAUCAGUUGGUCCACAAAAUGCAAGAAUACGGCAAGAGAAGAAUGGUGGCGCUUGGUGUCCGAAAGCACAAAUCAGUAGUGAAGUUCGUGAAUAUUUAGAGGUUGAUUUAGUUAAAAACCAUUUAAUAACAUGGACUGAAACCCAAGGUCGUUUUGGUAACGGUCAAGGACAGGAAUAUGCUGAAGCAUUUUUAAUUGAAUAUUGGCGUGAUGCGUUAGACCAGUGGAUGGUGUACAAAGAUGCUAGAGGUGAAAAGGUGCUAACGGGGAACAGUAACACAUAUUUAGUAGUGCGUCAACGUUUAGAAUUACCAUUUGUGGCAAGUCGUGUAAGAUUUAUACCGUAUAGUGAACAUCCACGUACUGUGUGUAUGCGUGUAGAACUCUAUGGUUGUCCAUGGGAACAAAAUAUUGUUCGAUAUUCAAUGCCACAAGGUGUAAUGCGCGGUGAUGAAACGAAUUUAUUAGAUACCAGCUAUGAUGGUAUCCUGGAUCGAGGAUAUUUACGAGAUGGCUUGGGACAAUUAGUAGAUGGAUUAUAUGGUGAAGAUGAUUAUGAUGCACGUGUAAAUGGUGAAAACUCAGGUAGCCGUUGGGUGGGUUGGAGCAAUGAAUCACUUGCUGAAUCAAAUCUCGGGGGUCCGGAGCUUGUGUUCGAGUUUGAUGGUGCACGAGAGUUUUCUGUUGUACAUCUUCACGUUAACAAUAUGUUCACUAGAGGCGUCCAAAUAUUUUCGUCUGCACAAGUAUCAUUCAGUUUAGAUGGUGAACGCUAUCAAUCAAAUAUAAUCGAUUGGCCAGAAAUCAAUCAAGAUAAAACACGUGAAACUGCACGAAAUAUCAGCAUACCGUUAUUAAAUCGUGUCGCCCGUUAUAUAAAAAUUUCAUUGGAAUUUUCAUCAAAAUGGAUACUAAUUAGUGAAGUGGUGUUUGAAUCAGCACCUGUAUUAAGCAACUUAACCGAUGAAAUGUUAGAAAAAUAUUAUUUUAAUAAUAAUGAACAAAUGCCAGAAAUAGUACCAACUGUUGAGUUUGGCACAAAUGGACAUAAUGGUCAAACAACACAUCAUAUAGCACGUAAAGAGGAAGUGACGCCAGCAACAAGUCCAACAAGUAAUACACAAGCAUAUAUUGGAUUAAUUACUGGUGCUUUGGCAAUGGUUGUAUUAUUAUUGGCAUGUACUGUGUUCUUAAUGAUACGUCGUGGUCGUAAGAAAGUGGCAUUAUUACAUAAGCAUACAGCACUUGUAUCGAGUAGCACUAAACCUGGUGUAACCAUAAAUAUGAAAGAUUUAAAAAUGAAUAUGUCAUCAACACCAAUCAUCAAUAAUGGUUUAUCACGAUCACGGUUAUCAGUGAAAAGUCGAAAUGGUAAUAAUGGUACAAUUACAGCAAACGGUGGUACAAAAACAAAUAUUUAUGGGCAUGUAGCAGUUGGAGAAGAAUCUGAUUCGGAAAAUUCUUCGGUAUAUCAUGAACCAUACAAGCUAUUGCCAUCAGGAAAUCAAGAAUAUGGAUGUUUACUUACAAAAGAUGCUUUAUCGUCAAGUAAAAGUGGAGAAUAUACAGAUUUUACAAGUGUAAAAAGUUUUAGUCAUCAAGAUGAUCAAGUAAAAUUUACAUCACCGUCAUUUUAUAAUUUAACACCACCACCGCCACCAAUGUCACGUCCACCACCAUCAUAUGUUGAUAAUGUACAAUCAAAAUUUAAUACAACAACACCAACAAAAUCAACAGGUCUACAAUCAUCUGUAUCAAAUACUGGAACAUUGUGUAAUGCAACAACAGGUGGUAGUGGUGUUGGGGUCGUUAGUACGGUGGCAAAUGGUGUUAAUGGUGUCAAUAGUAGUGUUUUAUCUACAAAUGGUUCAAUUAUGACCCAACCAGAAAAUUAUUAUGCUGCCACAGACAUUGUUAAGACUGAAAGAAGGGAACAACAUUUUACACCUGGAAAAUUCACACCAAUACGAUUACCAGAAGGUCCUCCAUUAGAAGGUGUUGCUCAAUUAUUAGAUUUUCCACGACAUCGAUUACGACUUAUGGAGAAGUUAGGAGAAGGUACAUUUGGAAUGGUACAUUUAUGUGAAGCAGAAGGUAUACCAAAUUUCAAUGGUAUGUCAUCGUGUCAUAAAAAACAAAUUGUAAUUGUAAAAUCUUUAUGGCGUGGAUGUGGAGAUUCAAAACGACAAGACUUCUUACGUGAAACAAGUUGGUUGGCUGGCUUACGAGAUCAAAAUAUUGCACGUAUUGUGGGUUUGUGUAGUCAAGACGAGCCAAUGUGUGCUUUAAUUGAACAUUCGGAAUUGGGUGAAUUACCAAGAUUUUUACAACGUCAAAGUGCAGUAGCCGAAACUGGUACAUCAACACUUAGUUAUGGUUGCCUUAUAUAUAUAGCAACACAAAUAGCAUCUGGUAUGAAGUAUUUAGAAUCUAUGGAAUUGGUACAUCGUGAUUUAGCUGCAAGAAACUGUGUUAUUGAUAAAACAUUUACAGUCAAAGUAUCGGAUCAUGCAAUGUACUGUGAUCGUUAUGAACCGGAUUAUUAUAUUAGCGAUACACAAUGUCGACUGCCAAUACGGUGGAUGUCUUGGGAAAAUCUUUUAUUAGGAAAACAAACACCGAAAAGUGAUGUGUGGUCAUUUGCAGUAACGUUAUGGGAAAUAUUAAUGUUAUGUACCCAACAACCAUUUGCAGAAUUAACAAACGAACAAGUUGUAGAAAAUAGUAAUCAUUGGUAUCAGAAUGAUGGAUGCCAAAGAUAUUUAUCACGUCCGGCAGCAUGUCCACGUGAAAUAUACGAUUUAAUGGGUGAAUGCUGGAAACGACAUGCGACAGAUCGCCCACGCUUUUCGGAGAUACACUUAUUUUUACAAAGAAAGAAUUUAGGCUAUAUACCAGCAUGUCAUUCAAUGCCGAAAUAACGUAGCAUUCCUGUUUCCGAACUUAGAUGACUGUUUUAUCAACGCUGUAUCAGUGCUGAUAAAAAUGAAGAAUA